AGCACUUAAACACCCAGAUCAAUGAGCAAAGCGUUGUUUGCCUUUCAGUUUCAGUCUUCCAGGAAGAAAGUAACCAGUAGAUCAACAAAAUGUAGUAAAAAAACAAAAGAGGGAAACAAAGUAAAUGUAUUUAUUUUUUAAUUGCUACGCAAGUUAAAAAAAACAAAAUAAAUAAACUUGUGUGCUUUUCUCUGUUGGAAUCCACUACAAGUAGACGGAUGUGGAUGAUUUUCUGGUUUAUUUCAAGGAAAAAAAGGGGAAAGGAAAGUGGAAAAAAGGAGAACUUCCUGAAUUGUGUAAGACAUGUCUGAAGCUUCGUUGCAGCUUACAAUUAAGCAGGAAAAUCUCUCAUUCAGUCCUUUAACGAGCCCUUUGCCAAGCUCCACUUCCUCUGCAGUUCAUGUUCCAACAUCACGGCAGGCUAGCAGGAUGGAGGAAGAGCCAACAAGACUGCCUGCACACCUGCGCUUACAGCCGGUGUACUGGAGCAGAGAUGAUGUGUCACAGUGGUUGAAAUGGGCUGAAAAGGAGUUUUCCUUGCAUCCUAUUAACAACAACACCUUUGAAAUGAAUGGCAAGGCGCUUCUACUGCUGACCAAAGAGGAUUUCCGCUAUAGGUCCCCGCAUUCUGGUGAUGUUUUGUAUGAGCUCCUUCAGCAUAUUCUGAAGCAGAGGAAAUCCCACUCUUUCUAUCCAUCCUUCUUCUACCCAGGAAACUCUUUUCAGACACAGCCUGAGGCAGCCGUUCAGCAUUCUAAACUUGAAGAAACGGUACGGCGAACUCCUCGAGGUACAGAGGGCCUCCAUCACAAUCCCCCUACUAUUGAACUCCGGCAUCGUCCUCGCUCCCCUCGCCUGAACAACCAAGACCUUUCGCCAGAUUCCCAGAGGUCCCCUCUCGAUAAUGCAUCUCGACACCUGUCGCCCGAGGACAGGCUGCGUCCUGCUUCCCAGCCGCAAGAAAACAAUCACACUGCAUCAUUGGAGGAGCCUUAUCAACUGUCCGUCUCCCCAGAACAGAACAACAGCCACUGUCCCACCCCUACUGAAGGACAGCGCUCAGGCAGCCCAUAUCAAGACAACCCUCGUGUUAUACAGCUUGUGCCAAGCGCCAUAAUGCAUCCUCUGAUUAUUAAUCCCAGGCAGACUUUGGACUUAAAGCAUUCCCGGUCUUCAGAUAAUGGCUGGGAGGGAAAGCCCAUGAACCUGACUCACAGAGAGGACCUCCUAUACAGGAACCACAUUAUGAUGCCAGUCUCUCCACCAGAGGAAAAGCCUCUCCCCAUUGGCAGGAUAGCUGAUUGCAGGCUGCUGUGGGAUUAUGUUUAUCAGCUUCUUUCUGACAGCCGGUACGAAAACUACAUUCGUUGGGAAGAUAAGGAAACAAAGGUUUUUCGAAUAGUAGACCCCAAUGGUCUGGCUCGACUUUGGGGGAAUCAUAAGAACCGUACCAAUAUGACCUAUGAGAAGAUGUCGAGAGCACUGCGACACUACUAUAAACUGAACAUCAUUAGGAAGGAGCCCGGACAACGACUAUUAUUCAGGUUCAUGAAAACCCCAGAUGAAAUCAUGAGUGGACAAACCGACAGGCUUGAGCACCUUGAGUCAGAUUUAGAUGACCAAAUGUAUGUAAAGGAAGAGUGCUGAGCUCUUUAAAAGAUGUGAUAAGACAAUCAAAAUUUUCUCAAGAGGGAUUUUAAAAAGAAACAUUCUUGAAGACCGGGACCUCUGGAAAGCACAAGCUACCUGCUUUAUUAAUGUGUGACACAUAGCCGAAAAACAUUUUGCAACUUAGCCUCAAACUGAAGAAAAAACGCAAGAUCUACUGAUAGUAUUCUGGCAUUUACUUAGAAUUCGAUGGAAAUGUCAGUGAUUCAUCCUUUUAAAUUAAAAACCGCAAUUCCUGCUGUGCCAUUAUAAUAGCAAUUAAGCACAGUUUAUGGAAAUCAAUUAGCUCAAAAUUUUGGUGUUGGGAUUUUUAAAAUAUGCUUAAUUUAGGGUGUUUUUGCCAUUCAGUGCAAAACAUGAGGGAUUUUAUAAAUUUAGAAUAAGAACUUUUUUAGGUGCAAUAAUGACAAACAUUGGAUCUUUUUUAAGUUUUGCUUUUUCAUUCAUUUUGUAAAUUAAUAUCUUUCCAUUUAAUGUAAGUAGCAAUUUUCCAAAAAAGGUUCAUAUGGGAGAUGCUUGUCUUUACUUAGGGGGAACAAAAAUGUAUAGGAACAUCUUUAAACUAUGGAAGUUGAAGAUUUAGAUGUUUGUCACCAUGCUUAGUGUCAAUGAGUCUAUAUCAUCUUCAUUUUUCAAAUUGUUUCCUUCAUGAUUUGUUUCUUCUGUAACGUUAUACAUUACAUUUCUUUGUAUGUUAGGAUUGUAGAAUGGAUUAUCUGCCUUUAAACAGGGUGUAAUGAAACUUCAGAUCUAAGCUAAAGAAAGCUUAGCCCUUUGUGAAACGGUUCACCUAAAAUUUCCCCACUGUUGCAGCACAAGCCAUAAGGAAAAAGAAAUAAAUACAUAAAUGGA